AUGCCCGAAGCAUUGCGAGGAAUAGCAUUAUUAGGGCAACCGGUGAUCGGUCAUACCAAUAAUCGAUACCCUAGAUCUAUAUUUUUAGCUGCCGAAGUACAGAAAAAAGAUCUUCCAUAA